UACAUGAAUUGCACUCCCCACGAGACUACACAACGGUAUUGGGCAUUUCCCUGAACACAAAAUUUGGGUUUCAUGUUCCUUACCUACCACAGCGUGGUUAAAUAAGAAAAAUAUUUUUCCAAUUAAUGAUAAUUUCAAGGGGUUAAAAAGUGUUUAUAAAUCAAUAAGUAAUUACCGCGAAAACAAAUUUUCAAAAGUUGACGUCGUCAGUAUAGUGCGGAACUUAUUUUUCUUAGUUCUGUCGACCCUCACAUGGAUGGACUAUGAACAGUGAACUCGGAUCAACUGUGGAAACUUGUCGUGGAAUGUGUGAAUGAUAGUGAAUUUGAAUAUUCGUUUACGCAUCGUAAGCUUCGGUGAUCAUCUGUCAAAAUAGUGAAGUGAUAAGUGGACGAUGCGCAUCGUGCAAAACGAUUGUUUACUAAUUUUUGACUGAAACUUGUCGCGGCGACGCUACAGAAUGUAGCCCUGGAUUAGAGCAACGUGAAGAAUAUAAAAAACUGUGCUUUAUUUUCACGAGCUGUGAAGUGUGAUAGAAAACAUGACGGACACCGCGACCAGUGCUUCAACAAUGGUCAAGGUAAAGACAGAGCGGCCUGAUGAGGCUGAGAUUAGGGAAUUGGCCGCCAAGAUGGUGGAGGCCAAUAAGGCCAAGGCACUAGCAGCGUCGGUGGCGGCAGCACGGCCACCGCCCGGCUCGCUCGUCGGCGUGGCGCCGCCGGGCUCCGGCGGACAAAUGGGACUUCUCAACUUCUUAGCUCGAAAACCAAAUGCUGCCACAACUGCUAGUGAAUUGCGACCUGCGCCUGAUGGUGACAAAAAGAACCCGGCUCCUGAUGAGGCUAGUUGGAAAGGUCAUUUUGGGUGGGACAUGCUGGGUAAAUGUCAUAUACCAUACAUAUACCGGUCCUCUGAGAAGUAUGUGGCUGUCAGGAUGGUGGAGAUCAAGCUGCUGAACAAGUACUUGAACUAUCUACACGCAGACAUUUACUCGUGUACCUGUAUUAGAAGUUACUACAUCACUGAGAUUGAGGCCAGACUGCUGAAUGAGAUCAACAACAGACACUGCGAUGGACAGUUUGGCCGGGAUCCAUUCACUCAGAAAGACUUAGUGGUGCGGUUAUCGGAUGCCUAUGAGUUCUAUAACUUCCUAGAUGUAUGUUAUAAUAAGUUAUUAAGAGGUACAACAAAUAGUAAAGACAAGUGUGGUUUCAUUAGGAUAAACAAGGAGUCUGUUGUACCAUACACGGUGCGGGAUAGCCAGAAAUUUGUUCCUCUAUUUUACUUUGAAGGUGAAACAGACAAUUUGAAAUUAAAGGCCGACCAGUUGAAAGGCUGGGACCUGUCAUACUUGAAGUUCUGUUGUAAAGUGCAGGGUAUUCGGAAUGAACUGUUUGCUAGUGAGACGUGUUCAGUGAUUAGUUUGUCAGACAUUAAAAGCUAUUUUCCACCGGGAACAGAGUUUGAGGAGUACUGGCCAAACAAAGUUGUUGACUCACAGCUGUUGAUAUCAGCUAAAGGUUCUGUAUCUGGUGGCGGACAAUGGACGCGGGCACCGCCAGCGCCGCCUCCAGGAGUCGUGGGUGGAGUGGGAGUCGGGUCUGGCGCAGGCGUGGGCCUCAACAAUGUGAACAGCCAAUCCACGCGGGGCAGGCGGGCGAACACGCAGAGGCAUUCCCAAGCUUCUGCAGCCAUGCAGAUGCCCCACGGUGGACUGUCAGCAGCUACAGUACAAGCGCUGGCGAAUGGUUGGAGUCUGCCUGCAGCGUUGACGCAAGCCCAGACUCAGCAAGUGCUGAGACUCGCACAGGCGCAAGUGGCGCAGGCGCACGUGGCGGCGCGCUACAACAACGCGGCCAUCGCGGCCGCCACCGCCGCCGGCCUGCCGCAGCAUCGCUCGCAGCACCAGCGUAACGUACAGUUUCCGAACAGUGCAAUUACAAUGGCGAUGGGUCAGCAACCCCCUCCACCUCUCGUGAGGAGCUCGGCAAACACAUCAACCAUGAAUGUACCCCCACAAGUGACUGGAACAAUGAAUGGCCACUCAACCUCUCACUCCGUGGACAAUCGCAAAAGGCUUACUCCAAUACCCGACAUCAAUAUAACUGGCAACCAUACGCCGUAUAAGGUUCAGAAAGCGUUGGUGGAGAAUACUAUGGUACCCUGCAUCAACGCGAAACCCUACCAGUACACGGAGCUGCUUAUGACCCUGCCAGACUUGGCCAGCCACUUCUUCCCACGAGUCUCUCUCAGCACGUGCCGCGCUAUGCUCGACGCGCUUGGGAUUACCCUCUACAGACCUAACUCGACUCAGGUGCAAGUCCUCCGCAACUCGGGCAAGUGCAAGACUGCAGCGGCGGGUGAGAACGGGCAGGCGCUCGUACAGAUCCGUGACGUCAUGCAACACAUGCUGCAGUUCAAGUACAUGCUGCGGUCGGGGCUGGCGGCCGACGAGGCGCCGCUGUCGCAGCCCCGGCCCGCGCACGCGCCGCCGCCGCCCGCCAAGCCCAAGCGCGCGCGCGCCAACUGA